AUGGAAGAGACUAGAGAAGAUGACAAUGUUGCAUUCUCAUCACCUUUAAUCAUUGAUAAUAUUGCGCUAUUAGAAAAUGGAGAUGGAACUUUUACUUACAGAGAAUUAUUACUCAAUUUAUGUAUUAAAGAAGAAAAGUAUUAUGGGUUAAUCCCUUUUAAUAACUGCUGGCCAGCAAAACUAUUUGUUCAGAAGAUUUUUACUGCUUGCAAUCGUUUAGAAUUGAGUCCUAUUACAACUCACACUGCAGUAACAAUAUUGAAACGGUUAUGUGUAGUUAAUUCUUCAUAUGUUCAAAAACAAAAUCCAGAAAUUAUAUGUUUUAUAUGUAUCAGUUUAGCAAGUAAAAUAUAUGAGAAAAGAAGAAGAUGGGUCAAAGAAAUUUAUUAUGACACUUCAUUGGUUUGUUCAAAAAGAGAAUUUACUAUUAAAGAAAUGGAAGUAUUAAAAAUGUUAAAUUAUUAUAUAGACCCACCAGUCCCAAUCCAAUACGUUAAUCUCUUUCUUGAAGUAUAUUUUAAUAAAAAUCAGAAACUCAAUAAAAUUGCUACUGACGUUUGUCACUUGCUAUAUAACUCUCCUGAAAUGCUUAUAGCAAAUCAUUCUUCAUUAAUAUGUGGAAUAGUUGUAUUAUGUGUAUCACAAUCAAUCUUAGAUGGUGGUGCUUCAGGCAUUAUGUUAUCUUGGGCUAAAACAUUUGUUUCUACUUUAGAUGAGAUUUGUGAGUUAUCUAAUCAAGUGUUAAAAUGUAUUUUUAAAGGAGAACUUCUAAGUGAAUUUGAAUUUCAUCCUUAA